AUGGAAUUAAAAAGUAGUCACAUUCAGAUUAAUGUAGAUCUAAGUGCACCAUAUAUUAUAACUGCGACUAUUAUGCAUAAUGUUAUGCACUUUACUAUAAUGAGAAAUGAAGAAAUGAAAUCUGCGCUCAUCUUAAAUUCAAUAAAUUACGGUACGUGUUAUUGUAAGAAAGUUGAGAAUAAGUUUGAAGUUUUUCUCAGUUCUCACUCGAUCUCAUUAGAAUUUACAUUAAGCAGAAAUUGCAAUGUCAGCACUAAGGCCUGA